AAUUUAUCAGAAUUUAAUUUGUUCCGGUAGACUAGCUGAAUGACUGAGAAAUAUUCAUCAGUUUGCAUUGAGUUGUUGACAGUGAAUUAUACUUGAAGUUAUUACAAUAAUAAAGUGCGCGCGCUACAUGAAAUAAAUUGUUAAGGCGAACAAGAUCAACAGACAACACCGACAAAUCAUUUAUUAGUUAUACGCAAAGGUGUCUGCACGUGACGUGUGAUUUUGUUUAUUUUGGUAUAAACUGUUGGAGUGGAAGUUGAGUGGAUAUAAAAGAAGUGUGUUGGAGUUCUCUGAUUUUAUUAUCACUGCAAAAGGAAAGGCAUCAUAAUGAAGACGUUUUUGGUUUUAUGUGCUGCUGUCAGUGUAUUAGGUGCAUGUGCAGGUGCCGAGGAUAAGCCGGUGAAAGCAGUUGCUUACCUUACUGGCGAUACAAUCAGAGGUGCUGUCUUCUUCAGUCAAAGUGGAUGUGGUCAACCUGUUUUAGUUGAGGUGAAUGUCACUGGUUUGACUGUUGGUGAGCACGGUUUUCAUAUCCAUGAAAGAGGAGACCUAACUGACGGCUGUACUAGUCUUGGCGCUCACUUCAAUCCGGACAAGCUCGAUCACGGCGCCCCGAAGGACGAAAUCAGACAUGUGGGUGAUUUAGGAAACAUUAGAGCCGAUGCAACUGGAGUGGCCAGAACGAUAUUUUCCGACACUUUGAUUUCUUUGAUGGGAUCGCGGAGCAUCAUCGGUCGUGGUGUGAUUGUGCAUCAAGAUGUCGAUGAUUUGGGCAAAGGUGGCAACGCUGAUUCGUUGAAAACUGGAAACGCAGGUGCACGUGCCGCUUGCGGAGUCAUCGGUUAUGCAGAAGAGGGAGCUCCACCUGAUUGCGAUGCAAUCGAAAAUAAAAGCUCAGCCAAUGCAAUAACAUCAGUUCUGGCACCGUUCUUAUCCGUGAUCGUUUUCCUAUUGUUCAAAUGGAAUUAAUUUUUUGUUAACAUUGAAACAUCAAAUUAUCACCUUAUUCAAUACACACGUUGUGAAUACUUGAUUAGGCACGUACUCAAAGUCAACACCUACCUACAUAUAGAUGCAAAAUUUCCAGAAAAUGAGUGAAAAUAAACCUUUUUUUGAGUUAUUUAUUUUUGUACUUAAAUUAAGUCCGUGAUAAAUUAUUAUUUAUUUAAUAAAUGAAACCAAA